UUUUUCCCCAUUUGUUUUUGUGGGAUUUUUCUUCCUUCCUUCCUUUCUUUGUCUUUAAACCUCAGCGAGCGACAUACCAGAGAUUUUCCCUCAAAUCCGCUCUCACAGAACUUCUAUUUCUGCGAUUGACAGGGCUAGGGUUUAUAUCCAGGAAAGCUGAAGAUGCAGCAACCACCGCAAAUGAUGCCCAUGAUGCCUUCAUUUCCCCCCACGAAUAUCACCACCGAGCAGAUUCAAAAGUAUCUUGAUGAGAACAAAAAGUUGAUAUUGGCUAUACUGGACAACCAAAAUCUGGGGAAACUAGCUGAAUGUGCUCAGUAUCAAGCUCAACUUCAGAAGAAUUUGAUGUAUUUAGCUGCAAUUGCUGAUGCCCAGCCGCAGGCACCAGCUAUGCCUCCACAGAUGGCCCCACUUCCUGCUAUGCAGCAAGGGGGUUUUUAUAUGCAGCACCCUCAGGCAGCUAUCAUGGCACAGCAAUCGGGACUUUUCCCUCCGAAAGUCCCGUUGCAGUUCGGCAACCCCCAUCAGUUACAGGAUCCCCAGCAGCAGUUACACCAGCAACACCAGCAAGCAAUGCAAGGCCAAAUGGGACUAAGAUCCAUUGGGGGGGCCAACAAUGGCAUGCAACACCCACAUUAUACUGAGGGUGCCCUUGGGGGUGCUGGUGCUGGAGGCCCUGCUAGAAGUACAGGGCAAACCGAUGCCCGUGGAAGUGGCAAGCAGGACUCUGCUGAUGUGGGAGGUGCUGAUGGUCAGGGGAGCUCAGGUGCUGGGCGUGGUGGCGGUGGUGGUGAUGGAGAUGAGACGAAGUAACAGAGCCUUACCGCUGUUUCCACAUGCACGUGUGGCUGUUAAUAGUAGGUGCGUCGUACGGUAGAACUUCCAUGCUCUGGUGAUAUUAAUAGAUUGAGCAAAGAACCCGAAGUUGUCAAUUGUUUUAGUUUAUCUAGGUAAGUUGUGCUGUAAGAGUCAUGAUAUGCAGUUAAUUCCACACUUGGCAAUAGAUGGCAGACGUAGUUCGAAGAGGUAAUGGUGGGCCAGUCGAGGCAGGUUCUCCCAUUUCUCUCUCAUUUUGUUAACAACCUGCGAAAAAAUCUGUAGGGUUGGUUAGAAUAUGAUUCUACUGAGGUUUUCUAGCAGUCGGUUCUUUAACUGACCCCAAACUUUUGAAUGCAAAGGAAAGUUGUCCGACAAUGUUGUUCUUCCAUAAGGUAUGGUUAUUUCUUUAUUUCUAUUUUCUUCA